AUGCCACGCACUAAGCGAGCUACGAAAGGCAGGCCACCUCAGCGGUUUGAACCAUCUCAAACAACAGCAAUGGAGAAUCGGGGUCGUGCAAGGAGGCGGAUGGAUCGAACUCAAGUAACCCCAUCCCCGAACAUUCAACCCCAUCCAGAAGCUAUGCCAGGUCCAUGUCAUCAUCCCAUGCAGGUUCAGCAGACCCAACAUGACACCCAACCACUGCCGGCUGCCAUGACACAACAGCAAGUCAGCCAGCAGACAUUAAUGCAGCAUUUCAACCAACAAGUCCAACCUGCUCCAAUACCUGCACAGCCACUGCAGAAUGUUCUCCAGCAAACCCAACCACAGCAGACUUUCAUGACACAACAGCAAGGUAUGCCUGGACCAUCUCAUCAGCCCAUGCAGCCUCAGCAGACUCAACAACAGAUCCAACUGCUGCAGACUCCCACGACACAGCAAGUCAGCCAGGUGCAAGAACAGCCCCAGGCCCAAAUAAGCCAGAAUCAGGAAGCUGUGCCAGUGCACUCUGUGCAUAAUUUGGGUAUGCACAUGCAUUAA